AUGGAGCUCAAAGUCUUCAAACAAUCAAAGAAAGCAAGAAAAAGGUGUUUCUUUCCUAUUCCUCAAUUCAGUGCUCAAGUUUUGGUGAUUGAUUUAACUCAAGAGAUGGCAGCAGAAAUCCCUCUACUUAAGCCUUAUAAGAUGGGCAAGUUUGAUCUCUCACACAGCUUCAUUUUAAUCAUCAAUAAAAAGUGUGGUCUUAAUUUAAAUUGCAGAUAUCCUGAAACUCCUGGAAUUUGGACUAAAGAACAAGUUGAGGCAUGGAAACCAAUUGUCAAGGCUGUGCAUGGUAAAGGCGGUGUGUUCUUCUGUCAGUUAGGGCAUGUAGGAAGAGUAUCAAGCUAUGGUUACCAACCUAAUGGACAAGCUCCGAUCUCCAGUACUGAUCAGCCAAAACCGGAUCGAAUCCGUCUAGAUGGGACGGUUGAAGAGUACUCUCCUCCUCGACGACUAAGAACCGAUGAGAUCCCACAAAUUGUCAAUGAUUUCAAAUUGGCUGCAAGAAACGCUAUUGAAGCUGGCUUCGAUGGAAUUGAAGUCCACGGUGCUCACGGUUACUUGUUCGAACAAUUCAUGAAGGACAGCGUGAAUGACAGGACUGAUGAAUACGGAGGUAGCUUGGAGAACCGAUGCCGCUUCGCUAUUGAAGUGGUUGAAGCAAUUGUGAAUGAGAUUGGUGCUGAUAGAGUCGGCGUUAGACUCUCUCCAUUUGCAGAUUACAUGGAAGCCUGGGACUCAAACCCAGAGGCUCUCGGACUCUACAUGGUUCAGGCACUGAACAAGUUCAACAUUCUCUACUGCCAUAUGGUCGAGCCAAGGAUGGCAAUUAUAGAUGGCAGAAGACAGAUUCCACACCGCCUACUUAACAUAAGGAAGGCAUUCAAAGGAACAUUUAUCGCUGCUGGAGGAUAUGAUCGAGAUGAAGGUAACAAGGUUGUCGCUGGAGGUUAUACCGAUCUCAUCGCCUAUGGUCGCUUGUUCUUGGCUAAUCCUGACUUGCCAAAGAGAUUUGAGUUGGACGCGCCGCUGAACAAGUACAAUAGGUCCACCUUCUACACUCACGACCCUGUCAUCGGGUAUACAGAUUACCCGUUUCUCAAUGAGCCUUCUGCUUGAGCUCCUGAAAAUUUUGCCUGCCUUUGAGAUUUAUUCCUGCAUGUGUUCCGGUGUCAAUAAAAGAAAAAAACGACAAUAUAGAUUGAACAAAAUUCUCAUACACCCAUAUUUGAAUUGACUGCAUAAAAUUGUUUUAGUUCAACAGUACAAUUUGUGAGAUCCUGUAAUCAAUCCCGUCAUCAAUUAAACAAAAGUAAACAAGAUGAAUC